AUGUCUCGCAUCCAGAUCCCCCUCGACGCCUUGACGUCUCGCCUCAACCUCCAGGACCGCCUUAACAGCAUGCGCUCCGGUGGCUUGAGCGGACGCUUCGCCAACCUGCGUCCCAUCUCCGAGUUCUUCGACAUGAAGCGCCUCUCCAAGCCCGCCAACUUCGGCGAGGUCCAGUCGCGAUGGAACUACAAUCUCUCCUACUUCUCCAGCAACUACAGCGUCGUCUUUCUGAUGCUCAGCGUCUACGCCCUGUUGACAAACUGGGUCUUGCUGUUCGACAUCAUCUUUGUCAUUGCCGGCAUGUUCCUCAUUGGCAAACUCGACGGUCGUGACCUCGAGAUCGGCACAUUCAGAGCCACCACCUCCCAGCUCUGGACCGGUCUCCUCGUCAUUUCCGUGCCCCUCGGCCUGUAUGCCUCGCCCUUUGCGACGCUGCUGUGGCUCGUGGGUGCUUCCGGCGUGGUCGUCCUCGGCCACGCUGCUUUUAUGGACAAGCCCAUCGAUGAGGCUUUUUCCGGGGAGGCGGUCUAG